AAGAAGAACAUUGCAGCAGAGGCACAGAAGGAGACUGCAAGAGGAGCUGGGAAUAUUACACACAGAACACAGCCGAACCACAACACCCUCCCCUGGACACACCCUGCUGGGGAUCACUGCUUCUCUUUUUUCUGAACCGUCGCCCACGCCACUCGGAGAGAAAGCUCUCCCUCAUCAUCAUCCUGAAGAAAACCCCUUUCUCCUCAUUUUCACCCUACAGAGGACACCUACCAAUCUCCAAGGGCUGAGAUUCCCCUGGUGAACAUUGUCUUUUUUCCUUUUUUCUUUUUUUUCUUUUGGAUUUGGACACGGCCUCUCCACAGUAAAUACACAGGCCAGCUAAUAUAAAGACCACAGAUCAUAGUAUUGACUCAACCUACGGCUUGAAGACCUGUGAAACGAAGAAGGACCUAGAUCACUCUCAUUGUAUGUCAAGAAUGGUUACUCAGAUAAUCAGCACCAUGGAAACCCAGGUGUCCAACGGUCCGAGCGGAACCAGCCUGCCUAACGGGCCAGUCAUCAGCACCAACGGUGCCACAGACGACAGCAAGACCAACCUAAUCGUCAACUACCUGCCUCAGAACAUGACCCAGGAAGAAUUCAAGAGCCUGUUCGGUAGCAUCGGAGAGAUUGAAUCCUGCAAACUCGUCCGAGACAAGAUUACAGGUAUUCAUGAUGCUUCAGCAGGCCAGAGUUUGGGCUAUGGGUUCGUAAACUAUGUGGAUCCCAAUGACGCAGACAAGGCCAUCAACACACUCAACGGUCUCAAACUGCAGACCAAAACAAUUAAGGUAUCGUACGCCCGCCCCAGUUCAGCAUCUAUCCGUGAUGCCAACCUGUAUGUGAGCGGUCUGCCUAAGACCAUGACCCAGAAGGACAUGGAGCAGCUGUUCUCCCAGUACGGACGCAUCAUCACCUCCCGCAUCCUGGUGGACCAGGUUACAGGUAUAUCGCGAGGAGUGGGCUUCAUCCGGUUUGACAAGCGGAACGAGGCAGAAGAGGCCAUCAAGGGCCUGAACGGCCAGAAGCCCCUGGGCGCAGCCGAACCCAUCACGGUAAAGUUCGCCAACAACCCCAGCCAGAAGACGGGCCAGGCCCUGCUCACCCAGCUGUACCAGACCGCUGCACGUCGCUACACUGGCCCUCUGCACCAUCAGACUCAGCGCUUCAGCCUCAUCCCUCCAUUUGGAAAGGGACCAGAUCCAAAUAACAGCACAAAACCAAUACUCGACAAUUUACUAAACGCCAGCUACGGAGUCAAGAGUUCUCCCUCUCUUCUUCCUAGGUUCUCCCCCAUCACCAUCGACAGCAUGACCAGCCUGGCGGGAGUCAACCUGACCGGGCCCACCGGAGCCGGCUGGUGCAUCUUCGUCUACAACCUGUCGCCAGAGGCUGACGAAAGCGUCCUGUGGCAGCUGUUCGGGCCCUUCGGCGCCGUCACAAACGUCAAGGUCAUCCGUGACUUUACCACCAACAAAUGUAAGGGCUUCGGCUUCGUCACCAUGACCAACUACGAUGAGGCAGCCAUGGCCAUCGCUAGUCUCAACGGCUACCGCUUGGGAGACCGCGUGCUGCAGGUCUCCUUCAAGACCAGCAAGCAACACAAGGCCUGAGAGAGAGAGAGAGCUGCUAGCUGACGCCAGCUCCUUCAGCCAGCAGGGAGCGCCACUGAGCUCCCUGUUACUAUCACUCUACAUGGGCCUGGACUGAGUCUCUCUCUCUGAUGCACACUCACCCAUACACAUACAUGCGCACACUAUCAGACAUACACACACUAUUAGACAUACUUACACAUACACAAAGUCUGAGUUUCAAACAAAUACAUUAGUAGAGUUUUUCUUUUCUCUUUACACAAUGCUAGUCCUUCCCUACGUUUGCCUGGAUUGAAUUAGUGGGGGUGCGUUGGGUAGUUGGUCUCUGGGGGUGGGGGGUAAGAGGCCUCAAUGUGGGAGACAGUCUAACGAAUGUGACAGAGAAUGUGUGCUGAGUGCUUUGAUUGAAUUCAGGCAAAUAAUGACAACUGCUGAAACUAAAUUAUCAAAAAUCUAAAAUGAACUACAAAUAUGUGCAAUUUAAACCCCAAACUCUUACCCCACGAACUAUCCCAUUAUCUUGCUGGAGAGAGUGUAGUAACUUUUUUUUUUGACACUUGGGCAUUUUGAAUCAGUGAUUUUUUUUAGAUCAAAGAAAAUUAAUUAAAAACAGUGUUCUCUUAUAUACGUAUAUUAAAAAUAUAACUAUAUAUUCAAUAUUUAAGGUGGUUAUAAUAGCCGAGUAUGUAAGCAUUUUCUAGAAACUUUUACUACUGUUCCUGGCUCAACAUUAGGUAGGCUGUGACUAGCUUUAGGGCAGUUGCUCUACCCUAUUAAGGACAGAUCCAAUAUGAUUUAGGUUAUCAAACUGAACAGCUACUGGUCACAAAGACAAGCAGCCUGAAGGCCACCAGAAUUACACCCUCGCUACACAACACAGUCACACAUCAGCCCUGUUAGGGGGGAAACAACACUAGAAUACUGAACAUCACUGACAUCUAAGAAUCUCCCUGUAUUUUUUCACUCUGGUUCUUCUAUUCAGAGUAGAAUGGAUGGAUUCCACCACAAGCAGAGCUGUCUGUGUGAACAACGUAGAACAUUGUCCCAGCUAGUGUUCCCAUGGAGACAGUGUUCAUGUUCAAUUCUCUGAGAGACUAGGGAUUGUGAGUUUAGAGCAAAUCACAGAGCCAAAUCACAGAGCCAAAUCACAGAGCCACUUUACCAAAACACCCAACCAGAUAUAACACCCCUCCAAGGGAAUGAGAAGGUUUUUACAAUUCGGUGGAAAUUAUUGGCCUGGCUAGGUAGACUCAACAUCACCAUUACGCACAGAUCAGAUCGAGAGGACGGUAGUUUUGACUUAGGUUGAGAUUCCGUCAUGACACUGAGCAGUGAUAUCUCCUCACUGAGUCCUAGAGGGUGAGACAGCUUCUUACCUAUUCCUCAGUUUACUAAACACUCCUCAGUUUCAUUCAGACCCCAUAUAUGACACUUUAUAGAAGCUCCUGAGAAUCCGUUUCUAUUCACUCUCAUUGUAACCUUGCCUGCCCUGUCAAAAUAGAAGAAACCAAGCCUGCAGAAACCAACAGUGACAAGUUUGUUUAUCUCACAUUGGAAACUCAAAAAGUUAUUUUUGUUGAUUUGCAACAUCUGAUCGGCACUAUCACCUAGCUGGAUUUUUUUUUAAAUCAACAAACCCAUGGAAAUAAUUUAUGACACCCCUUGAUGAAAAUGUAACGACAGAAGUCUUGGUUGGUUAGUCUGUUAGAAACAUCUGACAAGAUGUUUCAUGGGGAGAGAUAUGAUUACAAUAUAAAGACAUCUGCAUAUAAUAGAUUAAAUAAGGUAAAGUGUGUUCAAGACAUUUUUGCUUUUCUAAAUAACGCUGUGUUAGCCAAAGAGGACAACCAUCUCUUUGAAAGGAUUACUUUAGAGAAAAAUCUAUUUUUAUACAUACAAAAGAACAAGACCUUGUGCUGAAUUUUUACAGAUUCUUAAAACUCUGAAAGACUGGGACACCGCAUGGCUGUAUUUUAAGCCCUUUGAUCUUUGAGAGAGGGAGGAGCGUGUGCAUGCCGUGUAUAGGUGGGGGUCGAGGGAAGGGGGCGAAGAAGAAAAGUUCUCACACAACCUUACUUUUUCAACCACAACCUAUAAACAAACUUGAAAUAGCAAAAAAAAAAAAGAACAUAAACAAAGACAUCGGACUAGAACAAAUACACAUCAGCACAAACCAAUUCACUGAUUAGGAAUCAAAUGUUACAGAGACAAAUCUGCAUUACUAAUACUGCCAUCUUUGAGUGUAAACUAGACAAACACAUAUCACUAUCUCUGAAGUUGUGUACAGUUAGUGUUGCUUCAAUGAUUGUACAGUGAAGUGUUAUCGCUUUCACAGGAGACACUUAAAUCAGGCUGCAGUAAAGACAGUCAGUCGCCCAAUGAUUUGUCCUCAGACAUCUUGGGCUGGUUCGAAACAGAAAGGCUUGAAGUAGAUUCUCAAUGCAAAGAUGAUUAGGUAUAUUUGAAUGAAGAUUUAGCCAAAGAAUUUGGAAUAUGAGUGACAAUAAGAAAUAAUUCAGUCUAUACUAAUUACUAACUGCUCCCCUGAUAAUUAUUCUAUAAACCAUUAUAAUUUAUUGCAUGAAGAUCCCAUAUGAUUUUAAAUCCCCAUAGUGCUUGCAGAAAUAUCUGUUGUUCAUAUCAAAUUAUAUCAGAAUGAACUAAUAUCUUUUGGUUAACAUAUCUGUUGAGUAAAUAUAAUUUAGCCCAUUUGCACAGGUGCUUACCACAAACCUACAACAAUGUAUACAAAGAAUUCACCUUUCAGCAAAAAUAACGACAGUUCCACACAAGUGUCUCUUGAACCUCAAUACUGUAAUACUCACACCAUCCGCUCAUAAUAGGAAUCCAAUACAUCAGAGUAUGAAAGCAUUGUUUCAGUUUAACCCUAUGCUCUUCCACUGUUACACCCUCAGCCUCUAACUCUGACCAUUUCAUUUCUUACUGUGCCCCAGUAGUAUAUUGGUGGUGUGCCAACCAAAACAAACAUGAAAUGUCAUACAUUAACACCCUGUCAUAAUCUAACUCCACACCUCCCUUCCCCAUUCAAUUAGUUGUGCCCAUACUCAAGAGAAGGUAGCACAGUAGGACUGAUACAGCAUCACUUUAAGAGACCAGAUGUGAAUCUUGGGAACAGAACAGCAAAUAGGCCACGUUGCUGACCUGCAGUUGAAGUAGUCCGUCCCACUGGUGAUAUGGGGUAGAGUCCCAGCCCAGUUCCCCCACACCCUAGACCAACAACAGGCCCUAGGCCACACCCUAGACCAACAACAGGCCCUAGGCCACACCCUAGACCAACAACAGGCCCUAGGCCACACCCUAGACCAACAACAGGCCCUAGGCCACACCCUAGACCAACAACAGGCCCUAGGCCACACCCUAGACCAACAACAGGCCCUAGGCCACACCCUAGACCAACAACAGGCCCUAGGCCACACCCUAGACUAGAGCAACAACAAACUGUCCCAUCUUACACAGCCAAUACAGAGACCCUCUUCUCUUUCCACACCUACGUAAGGUAGAGAGCCAAGGACAAUGGCAGGAGACAAAUGUACUGCACCGCUUGAGCAACAAAUAAUCAUCUAAAAAGACAAAAAAACUUUCCUAUGGAACAGUAAGUGCAAUGUGCUUUGUUUUUAUAUUGACUGAGAACAAAAAGAUAUAUAUAUUUUUUAAAAGAAAAAGAAAUUAAACAUCACACUGAAAUGGUUUGUGGGGAAAAGGUGGAAGGAUCAAAUGUAAAGAAAUCUAAGUGUUAAUUCACCGAUUCAUUAAAGAGAAUCAAACAAGCACCGAUGGAGAGCUCUGGAAAUGUCCACAAUCCCAGCCCUGGAUUAGUGCUCUGAACAUGCAAGCUAAAACUAACCGCAUAUUAUUAUUGGGUGAAUAAAAAGAGCAAUUUAAUUGAAAAGACCUUGAAAGGGAUACUGUCUAAUAUAUCAUCAGUUUUAGCCCACGUCGAUUUUAGAAUAUCAUUUGUCCUGUAAUUGAUUGAGUUUCUUUUACAUAUCAAGACUCACAUGUUAACUUAGCGUAUUUGUGUUGUUGACGUUAUCAUAUAGGACACACAUGGGUCCAAUAUUUUAUUUGGUUGCUUUGAUUGGGUAAUUUCUUUUUUCAUUCCAUUAUUUAAUUAGUUGCAGUUGUUAGUGUAUGCAGAUUUUAGACUUAGUUAGAAUUUUAUUUCAAUCAAAAUGUGUUCAAUUGUGUUUGUAAAAGUCUGUGGUAGCUUUUGUUGCGACAUAAUUUAAACAAAAAAUUCAAGAUAGCGCCAACAAACUUGUAUUAUUUGGGCGACUUUAAGCUUGUAGUUUUAACUUAUUGUUAACUUAAACUAUUUAUUAUUGCCUCGUAUAAAGUAUGUUUUGUGUAUAUUUAUGGUUUAUUUCAUAUUUGCAAGUUUAAAAGAUUUUUAGUUUGCCAAAAUUGUGGUUACAUUUUUUCUUAAAAAGGGAACAAAUAGAUUUUUAAAAAAGCUUUAGAAGUUCGAUUUGGAAAUUGUUCUCCAUAGUCAAAGAAUGCACUGCUAUAUUUAACUAAUUGAAGUGUAUAAACAUACAUGCUGUGUGCUAGAUGUUAUGCCUUUACUGCCUGUGUUCUGUUUGUCUUGUUAAAUGAAAACCUUUUGAUUAUUUAAUCUAA